GCAAAGGUUAUAAAGCUAUCCAUACAAGUACUUAGAGACAUACCCACCUCUAACAAAAAUGCUUUUUCCCCUCUUUACACAACCAGUAGACCCAUAGAAGAUAGAGCCACUCACCAACUUACAAAAGUUUUGUCACAAAAAUAGCACCACCACUCACCACCUCACUUCACUCCCCCAAAACAACCACCCAAAAUCUCCAUCUCUCUCCUUCCUCUUAUUUUUUAUUUUAUUUUAUUUUUCUUCAGAUAGCUGAAUGAAUCCAAACACAACUUGGAACAAAAAGGCAAAAUACAAAGAGGCAGAAAAAUAAAUAAAUAAAUAAACAAACAAACUAAAGAAAAGCUGAGUACCUUCUCUAAGUUUGUGUGUAGUGUGUGCACUUUGCUUUGGGGACUGCAAGCGCAAGCAAACUCUUGCUCUCUCUCGUCUCCCAAUUCUCAAAGCUAGAGCCUGAAAACCCAAAAGAAUAAAAAUAAAAACUCUUCUCUCUCUCUCUCCUUCUUACCCAUUACCCGAGAAAAAGAAAAUCACAUUAAACCCCUCCAAAAACACAUGCUCUCUUCUAUUCCCCUGUCCCCUUUUCAUCAUCACUCCCACCACCAUCUUCUUCACAUCCUUCAUUCUCCCUCAAUAUUCUCUUAGACCUCAAACAACAAAACUUUCCUUUCCUUUUUCUUCUUUUUUUUUUUUUCCCUUUACUGUUCGUUUAAUUUCCAAGUAGAGUUGAGCAAAGAUGAUCACAUUAUCGGACUUCUACCACGUGAUGACGGCGGUGGUCCCGCUCUACGUGGCGAUGAUCCUCGCCUACGGCUCCGUCAAGUGGUGGAAGAUCUUCAGCCCCGACCAAUGCUCCGGCAUAAACCGCUUCGUCGCCAUCUUCGCCGUCCCUCUCCUCUCCUUCCACUUCAUCUCCACCAACAACCCUUACGCCAUGAACUUCCGCUUCAUCGCCGCCGACACUCUCCAGAAAAUCAUCGUCCUUGCCGUCCUCGCCGUCUGGACCAAAGUCAGCAAGCGAGGCUGCUUGGAAUGGACCAUAACACUUUUUUCUCUCUCCACCCUCCCCAACACCCUCGUCAUGGGCAUUCCUCUUCUCAAGGGAAUGUACGGCGACUUCUCCGGCUCUCUCAUGGUCCAGAUUGUUGUUCUCCAGUGUAUUAUCUGGUACACUCUCAUGCUCUUCUUGUUUGAAUUCAGAGGAGCCAGAAUACUCAUCUCCGAACAGUUUCCAGACACUGCCGGCUCCAUCGUGUCAAUCCAUGUCGACUCCGAUAUCAUGUCGUUGGACGGGAGACAGAUUUUGGAAACGGAAACGGAGGUGAAGGAGGAUGGAAAGCUUCAUGUGACUGUGAGGAAAUCCAACGCUUCGAGAUCGGACAUAUUCUCGAGAAGGUCUCAGGGGCUGUCGUCGACGACGCCGAGGCCGUCGAACCUCACCAACGCCGAGAUUUACUCUCUUCAGUCGUCGAGAAACCCGACGCCCAGAGGCUCCAGCUUCAACCACACGGAUUUUUACUCCAUGAUGGCCGGAGGGAGGAGCUCCAACUUCGGCGCCGGCGACGUUUACGGCCUCUCGGCUUCAAGAGGCCCGACGCCGAGGCCGUCGAACUACGAUGAAGAUGGGGCGAUCAAGCAAACGAUGGCGGCUACUGCUGCGACGAGGUUCGGUCACCAGAAUACGACGUCGUCGCAUUAUCCCGCUCCGAACCCGGGGAUGUUUUCGCCGACCGGGUCGAAAAACCCGGCGGCCAAGAGUAACAGUAAGCCUAAUGGGACUAAUCAAGCUCAGCAGAAAGGAAGCAACGAAGAGGCUAAUAAGGAUCUUCAUAUGUUCGUUUGGAGUUCAAGUGCUUCUCCGGUCUCCGAUGUAUUUGGAAGCCAUGAAUAUGGUGGUCAUCACGAUCAGAAAGAUGUUAGAUUAGCUGUCUCUCCUGGGAAAGUGGAGGGUCGGAGAGAGAACAAUCAAGAAGAGUAUUUGGAAAGAGAUGAUUUCAGUUUUGGAAAUAGAGGGGCUUUAGAUGUUAAUAAUAACAACCAUGAAGGUGAAAAGGCAAUUAAUGGCGGCGGCGGUGGCGGUGGUGGUGAUGGGAAACCAAAAGCCAUGCCUCCAACGAGUGUGAUGACAAGGCUUAUUCUCAUAAUGGUUUGGAGAAAGCUGAUUAGAAACCCCAACACUUAUUCAAGCUUAAUAGGCCUCAUUUGGUCUCUAGUUUCUUUCAAGUGGCAUGUUCAAAUGCCAGCCAUAAUAGCGCAGUCCAUUUCCAUACUGUCGGAUGCAGGACUUGGCAUGGCCAUGUUCAGUCUCGGUCUUUUUAUGGCUUUGCAACCCAGGAUCAUAGCAUGUGGAAAUUCCAUAGCAGCUUUUGCCAUGGCUGUGAGAUUCCUUACAGGUCCAGCUGUCAUGGCAGCUGCUUCCAUUGCUGUUGGCCUUAGAGGCGUUCUUUUACACGUUGCCAUUGUUCAGGCUGCUCUUCCUCAAGGAAUUGUCCCCUUUGUCUUCGCUAAGGAAUACAACGUACACCCUGAUAUUCUUAGCACAGCUGUUAUAUUUGGAAUGUUAAUUGCUUUGCCCAUAACACUUGUGUACUACAUUUUUUUGGGGCUAUGAAAGCAUAUGGAAACCAUAUUCACUGGCUGGCCAUAUCCAUGUGAAAAAGCUCAGUUGGGCUUUUACCACCUGCCACUAGGCAUCAGAAAAUAUCCAAAGUUGAAUAUCAAAAAGCAAAAAUGAGGAAGGGCCGUACGGUGGAAGAGUGAAGAAUCUUUCUUUCGCGUUUAUGUUAAUUUAGUAGAAAAAAAAAAUUUGUAAAAUGUUCAUGUUUGUAGCGAAUUAAUUUAUAUGAAAAGA